AUGAAGGUCCUUUCAAUUUCCCAGUUGGCUAUGGCGGCCAUCUUCCUCACGAUUGGUAUGGUGGAUCGAUAUAAAGUAGGGUACCGCACGAGCCUAACGUAUAUGCCAUGUUGGAUAUCUAGCUUGGUAAGAAAACUUUUACCUUUUGGAAUUAAAUUUUGGGAAAUAUGUAAUUUGAUCAUUGAGGUUUUUAGAGGAUUAAGGCCAAACUAACCAAAUCGAAAGCUCCAGGUCUGUGCAUAUUUCGGGGAUGUUGUGUUGUGUUCUUGAAAUAUAGAAUUUAUAUACUUUGACAGUGAGCCUAUUACACAGAAAGGUGGAAAGCAGGAAAUUUCGAGCGUAACUGCGAUGAAUUAGCAUUUUUUAAAGUUGGAAUAGGACUUUUGUCGCUUUGUAUUACCCCAGGCGGUGUGCGCACUCUGAUUACGUUGCAUCAUGGUCGUAAAAUGAAAAAUAAGUCAUUUGCAUCCUGUCGUGGUCGAGUGAACAUCUCUGGUAGCAGCAAGAUAGCACGAAUAAACGUGGAAUUUAAUGGAAGUUCACUGUCUGUUGCCGUUCCUUCGAAAGUUAAAAAGUGUAUGCGGGCCUGUGCCACUCCUGUUAUUCUUCCGUGACAAAUUCGUUGUUAGGAGGCAAUUGAAGAGGUUCAGAAAGAAUCGAAACUGCAGUCUUGCCUGAGAAUCUGUUAAUUUGGCAGCAGUUUCACACACAGCCGAUGGCCGAUGUUUUCUUCAAAAACAUUCAAUGAUCUAACGGAAAGUAUUAUUCACUCUCAUCGACGAUUCAUUCAUGUAUGAAGAUUUACCUCUGUUCACUAAGUGAACGGCGAGGAAAGUAAUUGUGAGUAAAUUCAAAUUUUUAAUUUUGAAGUUGUGAGAGUUUGCUCGUUUGUUUGCUGCAAUGGCGUGUGUAAAUCUGGUCUUUCCUCCACAAAAACUGAAUUCGAAUGGCACACUCCAAUGAGACACAAGGGGAUUUAAUGCGGCCUUUUUUCAAUAAAUUCCUUCAGUUUCUGUAGUAUAAUUUACGGUACAAAUGUCUAAAUUGAACGGACUUGGAAAGACUCACCCAGAGCGUAUAUUUGUUGUAAAACUGAAUUUAAAACUUUGCUCGCUCUUUCACUUCGAACAAAUUGUUUGGGAAAAUUCAGAUAUUAAAUGAAUGAAGUUCCUUCGUUCAAUUUAACUACAACCAAAUACCUCACGUUUUAACUUUCUAGGUACUUUUUGUGAACGAUUAAAAUUAAUUGCAGGCGGUUUUUAGGCCGCUAGUCAACCAACGUAAUGACACUACUGCUUAAACAAAUUUUUUCUGAAACCAAUAUUUUUCUGUCAACCACAGUGAUCUGAGAGAGAGAGAGAAGAGAGGAUUCAUAAGUUAUUUAUCGGCUUGAGGUAGUGACCGACGUGUUUGCUUAAAAAUACUGCCCAGCCGGGAAAACGAGAUAUAUUUAUGAAAAAUAGCAACGAAAUUUGAGAUGUACUCGGCGACUCACGAAAGCGUUACCGUGGCCCGUGGGCAGAGAUAGGAAAAUACUGACCGUGUUGAGAACCAAUCAGAUUGCAUGAUUUGUUACCGUGCCCUCUGAAAAUAUUUAAAUCUUUUGUAACACAAUCUCAUCCGGCUUUGCCAAACCUCAAGAACAUAUAGAUGGGGAAAUGACACGUUAAAACUAACCCUUAAUAUCACAUCGCAAACGGAAGUCAUUAAAGGAUAUCCUAAUGACAGCUAAGCUUUCAGGUUAGAAGAUUUAAAAGCGCAAGCGAAUGGCAGGAGUCGCUCAAGCAAUUAACACCUUUUAACAAUCGACUACCUUUUGCUUUCCGGCUUACCUGGUGUGUUGCCGUGCGCAUUGUAGAGUUUUUCAUUGGUCAAGUGAUUCUGUUCAUAGCUCAAAUUCAAGUGUCCUUUAUUCAAUGAUCAAUAUAUAGAUUUACCAUACAACAUUCGUGAUAAGUUAAUUUCCUUUUACUUAGGAAAGUAGAUUUACAACAAAAUUGAGUGUAUAAUAGUAACGCUGUGUAAAGCAACAAUAAGCCUUUUCUGGGCUAUAAUCGGUCUCAAACACCCGCACUUAAAAUGCGAGAAACACAUGUAUCGUUUGAGAGCGUUUGGUCAAAGCUGUUAAAGAAGGAUCAAAGCCGCCAUCCAAAUCUUUGAAAGGCUCCAAACUACGACAUACAUCAAAUUUGACCUUCUUGAAAUCCGGUCUCAAAUCACAUACAAAAAAACAGUGAUCGCGUUUGUCCUUGAGAACCAUAGAAUACGCGACAAAUACGAAUAAAAAAAUACUUUUACACGCUCAUAAUAAAUCAAAUUACAUUCACCUACGGUGAAAGAAAAAAGGAACGGCCUAACUUUUACGGAAUUUCCAGUCAACAUCUGCCGAAUUCUGCUGCUUUCACCGCCAUAUUGAAAAUGAAGCUACCACAAUGCAACGCAAACGGAGUGCGCACACCGCCUGGGUGCGAGUCAGCCGCGUUUGCAGAUUGAUUAUUUUAUCUAUUAUCGGAUAUCUCCUGUAGAGCUAAUGUUUGCAACACUUUAUUCUUAUAAGAUGCAUAAAUUUAUAAAUCGAUCAGAAAUUGUUCGAGAGGAAGUUGUGAAAGUGGUGACUUAAUGUUUAAAAAAUAGCGAUUACCAGGAAGCUUUAUUUUUUUCAUCAUGAUCAUGUAAGGCAACACUUGCUCGUUUGGUCCGCAUUUUAGCAGUUCAUAUAAACAUUUUAGAACAAGUUACUGGUUUCUAACUGCCAGUAUGAGUCAUCCUAAAAAGUUCUUAACAUGACCUAACUCAAAGACAAGCUGCUGAUUGUCACCACUUUUCAAAAAUUGUGAUUAAUGGUUACGAAAUUGAAUGCAAAUAACUUACGCCGUUUUUUUGUGUGGAAAAAAAAGGAGGUGAAACUGUAUUUCAAAUCCGAAAAGAAAACUUAGCAAUCAUCACGCCGUUAGUUACCUGUUUAAUUUUUAUCGAGUCAAAAGUAUAAUCGACAGAUGCGCUGUCUUCUAUUGACUUCCUUUUUUAUAAUAUCAAAGUACACAGUACACAUUAUCUGAUUGGUCAAUUCCCUUCGAGGGGCAUGCUAUGUCAGGAUAUGAGAUCCCGCAAAGAUGACUGGGUCAAUAAUUAUCGACAAAUAAAUACAUAUUAAGAAAUAUACUUUUGAUGAAAAAAAGAAAACAAUUUUUUAUUACCUUGAAUAUCCACUGUUAAAGGCUUUGAAAAAAAUUAUUUCUUCUUCUUCGACCAUUGUUAAAAUCGAAAACAUGCAAUUGAAACGGAACUGGUCGCGCCUUUGAAGUUUUAAAUUGUUUCUUGCGUUGAAAGUGAAGGACUUUCUUCCAAACCACUGGUGAAGAAACCAAAAAUUUGACUUUUCUUUGCCUCAAGGAACUUGUAACGAUGAAUCGAAUCUGCAUUUCCUUCAAACUUUACAUGGGAACGAAAACCACAAAGUGAUUGUGGUCAACAUCGCUUUAUAAUUUCAGAAAUUCGUAGUUCGUGACAAUUCCUUCUUCUUUCCGCGAUUUAAGUGUGAUUUGAAAAGUUCUUCUUGCCAAAACAUUUAAACAUUUUUUUGCGCUGUUGUGGUUGAUUUCGAUGACGCCUCAUUGAAACAGCUCCAAUUCAAGCUGCUUUGAACGAAACUAGUGAGGUAAAAGGGAAAUAGUAAUUUAAUACGGCUCGGUUUGCGGCUCAUAAUUUGGCUGAUUAUCAUCCAUAUUUGCAAGUUUUAUCGCUACUGAUCAUUAUCAGUACUAAUAUUUUUAAUUAAAUACUAUCACUGUUAUCAUCAUUAUCAUAUUACGGUUAUUUCGAUCAUUAUAAUUGUUUGGAGGUUAUCAUAUGGUUCAAUGGUAGUAUUUUCUAGUUAACAUAAUGAAAAUUUAAAAGCUAUUGAAAAAACCUUUUCAAAAUCUCUUUGUUUUCCUAAGGUUCUCGCCACUGGCAUCAUGGGACUUGCUGUAAUCCACGUUCCAAUCCCAUCGUCCAUUCUGGUAAGACACUACCAAAACAAGGAUUCACGUGACCGUAUUUUAAAUUCCUUAUACGACGUACAAACGUUCCUAUUUUUGAUUAAAGAAGGCCUUAAAAACAAAAACAAAAACAAAACAAACAGCGAAAAGAAAAAAAAAAACUAUGCUGAGGGAGACGACUUGGAGGACAACUUGUAAAUUUUAGGAUAAAAAUACACGAUAAUUAAAAUCUUUAAAAAAAUUCAAGUGACGGCCUGUAAUUAAACUGAUCAAUGAAUCCUCUCAUUAAGGUCCCAAGGCUCCUCGCCCGUUAGAAUAUACUUAAAGCUUAUUUAAUCUCUAACACCAACCCUUUUUAACUCAGAUGGAUGCCCUGUGGUCAGUAAGCGUGGCUUCCAUUUUACUAUCUACGAUAGCAGUUUACAGCUAUCAUUGGGAUCCUCUUAUUCCCAGCCCAUUAGAAUCUUCUUAAAGCUGCUUAUUUAAUCUCUAAUACUACCUUUUUGUGACACAGAUCGAUGCACUGUGGUCAGUAAGCGUGGCUUGCAUCGUACUAUCUGCGAUGGCAGUUUAUAGCUAUCAUCGGGAUCUGAUCCGUGUCCUGAUUCCCACCUACCCAAGGGACAAUUAUGGUUUCGUGAAAGAGGGAACAGCUACCUUCCUGAAUGAUGAGGAGAAGCUGAUGGUUGCCGUAUCUUCUCUCCUCGUGGUGUUUUUCAUCUUGGAGAUCAUGCUCGCUGCCACACUUGUUAGAAGCACAACUCUUGCAAGCCACCAGCCCCUAUCAGAGCACGAGGUAGGCAUUACAAGGGAAUUUUAGGACCCCAAACUAUUCUAAAUUAUUUUGAAAAUCAAUGUAAAAAACUUGUUCCGAAAAAGAGAAAUCCCAAACAUUUUAUGGCGGGCGCUGCGGGUUGGCGAAAUAAAGCAAACCCUGAGUUCUGAUUGGCUAACGUAUCCCGGAAAAAAAGAGUUUGUACGUCCAGUUACUUCAAGGAAGCAGUCCGAAAAACGAGUCUGGUGACGAGUUACAUGAGUUUACUUAUAUUUUCUUCUCACAUUUGCAAACAUGAUAAAUCCAAUACGAUCAACGUACCGUAAUUAUCCAAUAAGGAUAAGUACGUGUAAGCUAUGGAGUCGCAAGACAUGAAGGAUUUAGUCCCUUUUUACUUCCUAUUUAUGAGCUACAUGUAGAGCGAUUUCGUAAAAAGGUAAAUAUUUAUUCAAAACCUCUCUUGUACGUUGGAAAUUGUUACAGAACCCAAGACUCGGUCAAAGACUGACGGUGCGUAUAGAGACUGUCACCUUAAGAUUUGUCAUCAAAUACCCAAUUUAUAUCGCAAGAAACAACAAAUUCAUUCCUAAAAGGUAAAUAUUCCGCGACCUCCCAAUCCAAUUAUGAUUAAAAUUCUCCUAUUUUUUAUAUUGUCACUGAUCUUUUUCAGCUGCAUUGUAUUCACCCACCAAGAGGAAGAUCAAAUACUAUUCAGUCUGAGUGUGAGUGUUAGUCAUCGCACCCGUUUGUGUCUGUAACAUGACACUAGAAUGAAAGAAAACCUUUGUCGACAUACACCUUUUGACAAAUAAUAGCAAACUUUAAUUACAAAAAUGACAAUAGUAAAGAUAGUAUGGAAUAAUGCAAAAAUUGAGUGUGCCUGCCGUUAAUAAAUAAAGCUUUAAUUAUCACUUGUUCAGAC